AUGCCUCCGCGGUGCUCCCACGUGUACGCCUUCUCAGACUCCUCUUCUCCUUCCGCUGCCUAAUUUACUUCCUCGAUGGGGACAUGUGACAUCUUGACACGGCCAUCCGGCUCGUAUUAAAGCAGGAGAACAACAACUAAACUCUGAUGCGCACACACUGCAGAUCCUUACCCUUACUCCCCUGCGAUCGAGCUGCUUGCUGUGAUCGUUCAAUCCCCACUCCAUCUGAAUCCAAUCCCGUCAGGUCAGUCUGCACUGCAGGCCGCCUCCGCUCCGAUCAGCCAUGGCGAACGCGGCGUCCGGGGUGGCGGUGGCGGAGGAGUGCACGGCGCGGUUCCAGGAGCUGCGCACGGCGCGCGCGCACCGCUUCGUGGUGUUCAAGAUCGACGACUCCCUGGAGCGGGUGGUGGUCGACAAGGUGGGCGCCCGGGACGCCGGCUUCGGCGACCUCACCGCCAGCCUCCCCGCCGACGGCUGCCGCUACGCCGUGUACGACCACGACUUCACCGUCGGCGACGCCACCGCGGGCGAGGGGCCGCGCAGCAAGAUCUUCUUCGUGUCGUGGUCCCCGGCGACGGCGGACGUGAAGAGCAAGAUGGUGUACGCGAGCUCCUGCGAGGGGUUCAAGAAGGAGCUGGACGGCGUGCAGAUCGACCUGCAGGCCACGGAGCCCAGCGAGCUCACCCUCGACGUCCUCAACGACCACGUCUCCUGAACGAUUGAUGCUACUCCGUAAUAAUAAUGUACACGUACGCCUACCUGUGUACAGCGUACGAUACAAGAUGUGUACAUGUGUGUAUCCAUGUACGUACGGGUUGUCGUGUUUGGAUUCUUUCCUGUGGAUUGGAUGUGUUCCUGAUAACUACAUGUUCUGUUACGUGCACGAAUAAAUUGACGAUUGGUGAUGGUCCGGCUUGGCUUUUAUUA